UCCGCGCCUGGCCCUUUUAGUGCUGAGAUGCAGGCCUUCGUCGCUGCAGCCUUGUGCCUCUUUCAAGUGACGUACGCGGAGAGAAACCUCCACGACCUUCUCUCGCCGUUUACGGGUGACGUUCACUCAGCGGUUACCCCUGCGUCCACUUCCGCCACCAAGACGACGAGGAACGCAAGUUCCAGGACUUCGACCAAGGCUGAUGACGAAGACGCGGAUGACCGCAAGGGCUUGGGUCAACCAUGCGCCAUCGAUGGCGACUGCUUGGCCGGGCGCGGGCUCUCCUGCCAGGAAUGGGUGUGCGCAUGCGCGCCGAACUCGCCAGUCAAGGUGCAGGUGCAAGGAAUUGACACCUGCCUUCCAGCCAAGGCCUUGUACGAGGCGUGUCGAUACCACGAGGAGUGCAGCCACCGGAGCGUCAACAUGCGGUGCAUCGAUUUCCUCUGCUACUGCCCGUUGCCCUUCGAGCUGCGAGGGAACGGCGAUUGCCUGGCCCCGAAACCAGACUUAGGCAAGUGGAUUGCUGCGGUGACACCGACUACACUUUUAAUCAUCGUCAUGGCUAGCAUUGGAGGUGCAUUUAUAUUCCGAAGGUUGUUUCCCAGCGACGAUAAGAAAAACAGUACCGCCGGCGCUACCCGGCGACAAGACCAAAGGCCCAUGUCCUCUUCGUUUUCUCCGCGUACCAAAGUGCCCAGCAAUUCCAUCUCGGUGCGCCACGGACCGCUGAAGUCGCUGCGGCCAAAGAAGCCCAACCUGUCCCUUCAGAACAACAGUACCAGCGCGCCGACGCCAUCGUUUCCCUCGACGCGUCUGCUUCGCGUGCCGCCGGACCAGCUGCGACCGGACGCCUUCUCUCCGGGACCCACGAGCACGACCACGGCAAUGCGGACAUCGAGCUUCUCGCCUCCGGUUCCUUUCGCAGGGUCGUCUCAGAUGCUGGACAAGUCGUCCGCCCGUUCCACUGCGCUGCCGCAGCCGUCGAGGCUGUCAACGCUGCUGCUCAUGAACAAGCUGCUCUCGUCAAGCGCCGACAGUUCCGACGAAGACAACAUCUUCGUUGGGGUCCUCGGCUACAAUCCCGCUUCCCAGUCGAAGUCGCCCAAGCAGCCCCAGCGGACGUCCCUUCCGUUUACGGCGAUCAAUUCGCAAAGGCGCGAGGGCCUUCCGUUCCGGACAGGCGAUGGCUGUGCCGUGGACGACGGGUCGUCACUGCCCAUCGAAUGGGGAACGUCGACGUCUAAUUGGGAUCGCCGAAGCAGUCUAGCUGCGGCUGGCAAGCAAGUCGCCACGAAGGAAGGGCUAAAAAAUGGAUGCGACGACGACCCGUCGGGAAGGACGCUUUUCUCGUCCUUCCGCCAGAGCAAGAACGUCACCUUCCUGGACAAAGUGUCGCCAGUGUCCGUGGCCGGGCGCUCACAGCUCAACGAAGAGAAUACGCCCGGACAAGUCGCGGCGAAGCCUAGCACGACCUUUGCGGAACACGAGCGGGGCAUGAAGGUCGGCUCUCUAAAGGCGGAGACGCGUUGGCUGUGCCAGAACGCGCCUGCUGCCGACACCGAGGCGAAUGCGGCUUCCAGUGGACGCCGGCUGUCUGAGAAGUCAGAGCCUGCGCGUACCGAACCGACUGAGGACAUCGCGGGUGUCACAAAGGAUGAGGCAGACACCAGGGCCGGAGACACCGGGGCCCAGUCCCUGUCGCGCGGCGCGCGCAACCGGCUCGGUCUCGGCACUCCCUUCGUGGGGCCCGAGGAAGGCUACCUCGCGGAGUCUGCCUCCAUCCCGCUCUCCUUCUUGUCCUCGUCCUCGCCCAGCUUCGAAGUGCUGCCCAAACCGGACAUCAGCAGCGGCCUGCUGCGCGACGCCGACGCCCUGCUUCAAAGUGCGGCUGAAAACGCAGACGCCGCCGACUCCCAAGAGCAGCAGGACGCCAGCCUCGUCGCCGAGUUCAUGGCGGCCGUCUUGCGCGGGGACUCUCCGAGCGACGGCGCUGCGGCUCCGCUCUCGCACCCGCUUGGCGCCGCCACGGCGGUAGAGCGCGACGCAGAGGGCGCCCCAGUCGGUGCGGCAGCCGUUGAGGCGGCGCUGCGCGUUGUUCCGUCCGCGGAAACGAUGGCGGUCCAGUCACCGAGACUCUCCUCGGCUUCCGCUGGCCUGGAAGUGUUGUCGGUGCUCGUCGAGGAAGCACCCAGAGGUGAUACGCCCGAAGGAGCUGCGGAAAUCACGGCGCCGGCAGCAGCCAGCGGUGCCGGUCGGUGCGAUUCGGCUGCUACGGAGCCACCGACAGAUGUCACCAGUUACGAUGAGAAGGCAGGACAAUCCGUUGAAAGUACGCCAUCCUCCACUGAUAUCGAAAACCUGGCUGAGAUUCUCAACAGGCUAAAGGUAACCCAGCUGGGCAACGAGCAUCACCGACGCGAGCGGACCCUGCAACGAGAUUACGGCUUCGUGGCACCAGCCCUGUCUGGCCUCUCAAUGGGUCCGCGGUGGCCGAAAGCCGCCGCCAACACAGUCGCGCCCUUUACCGCCGUUGAACUGGGGGCCGGACUCGGGGCGGCCAGGCCUAGCGUCGAGACGGCCGUGGCUCCCGCCAAGGCGAUGCCUUCGCCGAGCCCGCCCUGCGCCCCGACAGUGGCAGUGCCGUCGCCUAGAUCAACGCCCACGCUGCCGCCUCUCAUGGAAUCACGCGAACACUCCACGGAGCUCCCGCCCAGCGGUGAAGGUAGCUACGCAUGCCUGUCGAGCGACUUCCGAAUGCCCGCGGACAUUCAGUCCGAGAGCAGCCGGGACGAUGAAGCCGAGCGGGACGACGCCGUCUCGUGCGCAACCAGGAGUUCUUCGGCGUCAGAGCCUCGGGUCCAGCGCCGACGCCCUUCGCCGGCGCAGCUGCACAGGGCGCGAACCGCGUCCAGUCGACUGGUGGCCCCCGCGGCGCCUUCGUCGCGCCGUCCGGUGCCACUCAAGAGGUCCAUCCGCUUCCGCAGGACCACCGCCAGCCAGCUGGAGGUGAUCGCCGAAGUGUUCCACGGCGCACAAAUGCUCUCACCGACGCCCCUGGCGCGUAAGACGCCCGUGCAAGGUGAAGGCGAAAGGCUUGGCGGAGCGUCGCCUGAAGAAGCGGUUGCUGUCUCUCCGCUCGCUCUCGACGGAAACAUCGCGCAGCCUCUGGAAGGAGGUAGUCCUCCCGAGCCCAAAACAAGGGCUAGUCGCGGCUCUGCGAACAGUAGGGUUUCGCGAGAAGAUACUGUGGUCGCAACCACGCUGGAUUCCGCCGCAGACGCACAAGACGCGUCGAAACCCACGCAGCCGCGCGUGCGAGCUGUCAACGUGCGCUCCGAGCCACUCAGGGCGCGAAGCCCGUUCGCGAUGCGCAAGCACUUCUCGGAGCCGUUCAACGCGAAAGAGAUCGCCGCUGUCCUCGACAAGACGGGCCACCGCGAUGAUGAGUGGAGCUUAAGCUCGCCCUUCAGUUCGAGCGAGUUUGACUCGUUCAACACGCCUUCCUCGUCAGCUGCCGGCGGCGCGGCUACGGAGGGCGGCAUCUACGACACCGACGCCCUGAUGCCGAGUUCGAUCCCGACGGUCACGGCCACAAGUGAACAGGGCGAAGAGGCUUGGUGCAACGGCCCGACGCUGCCCUCUUCCCUCUGCGAGUCGCACAGCCACCCGCGCAUUCCCACGUACGUGCUGCUGCCGCCGGCCGACAGUUCGCUCUACGCCGCGGGCUCCACCACCGAGACGGACGUUCAUCUCUCGACGAUAACGGCUGACAGUACGCCCCAGCCGGAGAUCUUGGACGAAGCCGCGGGGGUGGCAACGCCGCCACCAGUCCUACCCCGCGUCCGGCAGCGUACUGAAGCGGUAAAAUCGCCGCCGCCACCGGUGACUGUGGAAUACAGCGCGGCUCCGAAAGAACGCAAGACCCGAAAGUCGAGAGCCGACCUACAAGCAAAUGGCGCCGCUCCAUCGCGACCGAUACCUCUGCCUCGGAGGAUAAAAGACAUUCUGUCCAGCAACGUCAGCAGCGUGUGGCGGACGUCGCGGGAUAAUACGGCGGUAACAGUGUGUGCAACCUUCGCGGAGACCCUCACAGUCGGAACGUCACCAACGCCUCGUAUCUCGCCGAGCACGUUGUUUCCCGUGUCCUCGACGGUCACGAUGUCCAGCUGCAAGGUGCACGCGAGCGCCACCUAUGGAAGUCGAGGGCGCGACACGCCUACCUCGCACGACCGCAACGACCGCGCUACGGGAGCGGCGACGAUAUGCACUAUGAGCGCCGUCGUCGAAGCGCCUUCCUCCAAGCGCGAGUCGAAGCCGGCUAGAAGGAAGGAAAAGAAGGCGACCCGCAAGAACAGCUCGUUGCCGCGCUUCUUCUUUGGCCGACACCGCGACAGCGACGGCGGUGACGACGCGUCCAGCGUCCGGUCGGAAUCGAGCGGCACUACCGACGGCCUGCGACUGUCGCUGAUCAUGGCUAAGCUGGGCAUCCUGCCUUCUUCGCACCGGUUCUUCUCGUCGACGACGACGACGGACACCGGCGGAUCGUCGCUGGAGACGGUGCUGCCUUCGCGUCACGGCGCCGGCGAUCGCGGCGGCCACUUCGGCAACGCCGACGGCGCGUCACCGCAGCGAGCCGUCUUCGGCGCCGAGAGCGGCGGCGCGCCCAGCUCGAGGCAGCUGCCCAGGGUGUGGCCCGAGCCGUCGACGUCUUUCUCGGUGGUCGAGACCAGCGACGCCGAGUCGGUCGUUGCGGUCGACUCGCGCGCCGACGCCCUGCCCUUCGAGCGGGAAGUCCUUCGGCGUGACCGCAGGGGUGAGCAGAGGCGACGCAGCGCCUCUCCCCCGAGGAGCGCCGCGUACGUGUCGCCGGACCCGGAAUGGUUCUCGUGCUCGUCCCGUAUCUCAGACAGGCAGCCGCCCUCGCGAUCUCGCCGCAGGAAAACGAGCGAAUGACUCACGGGAAACUGCCGCGUUGCGUUUGACGCCGCCCCUAUAACGUUUCGCCUUUUUAGACCCCUUCGCGCCCCCGUGUACUAUAUAGCUCCUCUUUGUCCUCUUGA